CCGGUGAAGUGUUGUGUUGUCAAGAUGGCAGGACACGAACAUCAUCACCACUUGUCUCUGUGUUUCUGUGAUUUAAUGAGGUUGUUGUGGUCCCUGGUGGUCCCCUGCGCUUACCUCAGCCUGCUCCUGACCCUCGUCCUGCUGCUGCUCCUGCUGGGGGUCCGGAUGUGGCUGCAGGGCCGCCGCAAGGCCCGCCGGGCUCGGGACGGUGGACCCGCGGUGGCCUUCUUCCACCCGUACUGCAACGCGGGAGGAGGCGGAGAGCGGGUCCUCUGGUGCUCCCUGAGGGCCCUCAUGCACCGUUACCCCGGCAUCUCCUUCGUGGUUUACACGGGCGACCAGGGAGUGACCGGCGAGCAGAUUCUGGAGGGAGCCCGACAACGUUUCAACAUCACGCUGCCUCGAUCAGUCACCUUCGUCUUCCUGCGUCACCGCUCACUGGUGGAGGCUAGCUCCUACCCUCACUUCACCCUGCUGGGACAGAGUGGCGGCUCCAUGUUCCUCGGCUGGGAGGCAUUGACGGCCUUCGUUCCCGACCUGUAUGUGGACUCGAUGGGCUACGCCUUCACUCUGCCCAUCUUCCGCUGCCUGGGAGGCUGUAAGGUGGCGAGCUACGUUCACUAUCCCACCGUCAGCACCGACAUGCUGUCUGUGGUCAGAGAGAGGAACCCCAGAUUCAACAACGCUGACUUCAUCUCCAGAAACCCGGUGCUCAGCGCAGUGAAGGUGGUGUACUACUGCUGCUUCGCCCUGCUCUACGGCCUGGCCGGCUCCUGCAGCGACGUCAUCAUGGUGAACUCCACCUGGACGCUGGGUCACAUCCUGGCUCUGUGGCGCUCGCCGAGCCGCACCAGCAUUGUCUACCCGCCCUGCGACGUCAGGGCCUUCCUGGACAUCCCGCUGGACGAGGAGGAGGAUGAAGAGGAGGUGGAGGAGGAAGGCUGGGAGGAGCUCGGACGGGAGGAAGAGGAGGGAAGGGACAGGAAGUGCCACUCCAUCGUGUCGGUGGGUCAGUUCCGGCCAGAGAAGGACCAUCGGCUGCAGAUCAGGGCGUUUCACAAACUGCUGGGCAGGAAGGAGGGCGGGCCCGGGGGGCGGGAGUCUCUGCGCCUGGUGCUGAUUGGUGGAUGCAGGAACCAGGAGGAUGAGGAGCGGGUGCUGAUGCUGCGGGGUCUGUGUCAGGAGCUGGGCGUGACCGACCGCGUCGACUUCAAACUCAACGUGCCCUUUGAAGAGCUGAAGAGAGAGCUGGUGGAUGCCACCAUCGGUCUGCACACCAUGUGGAACGAACACUUCGGUAUCGGUGUGGUGGAGUGUAUGGCUGCAGGCACCAUCGUUCUCGCUCAUAAGUCUGGAGGUCCGAAGCUGGACAUCGUGGUGCCAUACGAAGGCGGACAGACGGGCUUCCUGGCCGACAGCGAGGACAGCUACGCCGCUUCCAUGGAAACCAUCCUGGCGCUGUCUCCAUCGGCCAGACUGGAGAUCCGACGUAACGCCCGGCGCUCUGUGGAGCGAUUCUCCGACCAGGAGUUUGAGGCUUGUUUCCUCGCUGCCAUGGAGUCUCUGAUGGGUAAACUGGAGCGAUGAAGAGGAGCAGACGAGGCCCAGCGUCCACCAGGGACCAGGACUUAAAUGCAUUCUUGAGCACAGAUUUUUGUACUGAAGCAGCGAGGUCAUGAAGUGUGACACACAACAGAGAAAGAAGGUGACGUUAUAAAGAGGAGUCCCUGGUGGACGCCCACAGAUAAAAUGUUCUUCAUAUCUGCUGUGAUCAAUCAGCAAACACAGAAUACAUUUCCAGUGACUCUGCAUGUGUCAAACUCACAACGACUGUUCACCAAACAAACAGAAACAUGGAGGAGCAGCAGAGACGGAGGCUCCUCUGCUCACACACAGCUCACAGGGCUGAUUGUCUGUCAGGAUGUAAACGGGGUGAGUUUCUGCUGCAGCUCCAGAGACUCAGAGAAGCAGAUCCUGAACUUUAAAUGUAAAACAUAAACGUUACAUGUGUUCACCAUCAAACUGUCUUUGUUUAUGUGUUGAAGUGACUUCAGCCAAAAGCUUAGAAGAGAUCUCAAGCUUCAGGAAACUUUCUGUUAAAUCACAUUGUUCACCAGUGGGAUGUGACAUUUCCAAGUUGAAGUACUUUGAGAUUUGAGGAGUUUGUUUUCUUAGCUGGAUGAGAAUAUCGUCAUUGCCUUUAUAUCUCUGUUAUACUUGGUAGAGGAGCUGUUGAGCUUAGCUUAGCACGAAGGCUGUGAGCAGAGGGAAACUGUCAGCCUGCAUACAAAGAGAAAAAGUUCAUCUUCAAUCUAUCUGUGCUGAAGCACGUGGGGAGAGCAGAUGGAGCCACUGGUCUGUGUGGGUUCAUGAGAGGAAACAUAUAUUAAUAUAUACACAUUGUAUUAACAUAUUUCUCCUCCAUUGACGUAAGUAGUGAUGGUUGGUCUUUGUGGUAUUUGUCACUCCUCUACUAUGAUUGGACGGCUGGGUCACCAGAAAAAACACCACCAAAGACGCAGCACUCAAAGCCUUGUUGCCCCGCUGGUGUUUGUAGUAGAUUUCUAAAUUUGUGUUGCUGCCAUUGCAGAGAAUUAGGUCCCGUUUAUACGACAACGAUUUCAACUGAAAACGGUAAACUUAAGUUGCGUUGUGGCCGAUCGUUUACACGACAACGGCAUUUUAGGUGCCUGAAAACAACGUUUUGAAAACGGGUUCCAGAGUGUUUUUUUUUUUUUUUUUUUUUUUUUUUUUU